GCUAAUGAAUUCAACGGAGGUUCCAUUGCAAUAUUUCGCUUGGCACCUCAAGAUUAUCAUCGAUUUCAUUCUCCAAUCACAUGUAUGGUUGGAUCAUCGAAACAUAUUAAUGGCACUUACUUUACAGUGAAUCCUAUGGCUGUGAAUGAAGAACUUGACGUGUUUACUGAGAAUGCUCGAUCUGUGCUUCUUCUUCAUCCGCUCAAUUCAGGAGCAUCCAAAGUGGUGUUCGUCGCCGUUGGUGCUCUUUUGGUCGGUUCAAUCAAAUUCACAGUAAAAGAGGGUAAUCAAAUUUCUAAAGGUGAUGAACUAGGAUAUUUCGCAUAUGGUGGAAGUACCAUAAUAUGCUUAUGGAAAAAGGGUGAGAUUAAAUUUGACAAUGAUUUAGUGUCAAAUUCUAAGCAAACCCUUGAAACAUUGGUAAAAGUUGGAAUGCAAAUUGGUGUUAGAACUUCUAAUUCCCCAUAA